AUGGAGACGGGCAUCUUAAGUAUUCAAAUUGAACUGAAGUGGAAGAAAUGUUCUACGUCACCGUCCGAGCAUUAUAAAAGCAAGGGCCGCCGUCACACCUCAUCACAAAAUCGUCUUACAACACCAGAUAAGAUGAUCGAUAAACGAACACCUCAUGGCCUCCUUGCGAUGUUUUUAUGCUUUUGGUGGAUCAUUAUAUCGGUGAGCGCAUCCAACACCCGCUGUAAACUCAAACGGUACUCCCACAAAGCUUUGCAGACGGACCUCAACGGGAGGCGAUGCUGGGAUGAGGUGAUAAUCGGCUCGUGUUGGGGAUACUGCUUGUCUUACGAGAUCUCGCACUGGCAGUUCCCAUAUAAGGAAUCCCAUCAUCCAGUAUGCGUUCAUGGCGAACGCCGACCCGCAUCUGUUAAGCUACAAAACUGCGACCCUGGAGUACAACCUGGCACUAAUAUCUAUCACUUUGUUGAGGCCGUUAACUGCAAAUGCCAGGUAUGCUCAUCAGAAGAUACCAGCUGCGAAUGGCUUCCACCAGAUUCAUCUUUACUGGACGGACUUAUUCUCAGAGAAGAGUUGUUAGAAGAACUAGAA